CACAUGGGUUAAAGUCGUCUGCUGGCAGUAAAAGAGACAUGUUUGCAAGGGCGGGUGUUACUUUGUCAAAUUCAUCUCAUCGUCGAAUACGAACACUUUGUGCAUCACCAGUUAUUUGGAGGGAAUAUGUCUCAGUGUCAUCCUGUGGAAAUUGUCAAUAUUUGCGUUCAAAACUCUCCAGUCGGAGACGUUUCAGAUCCGCAUGUACAUACUACACCAAAGGUUACUCUACCUCCUCCACAUCGUCACAGGUUUCUUAUGCCAAUUCAAGACGAAUUCAUGAACGAUGGCGAGAAAAAACUGAUGUCAGACAGGCUCCAUCCUUGGAAUCAGUUCAUACAGAAAUGAUACAAGUACUGACCUACAAGAUGGAGAGGAUGAUUCUUGACGAGUCUCACAGUUAUCUCCCCUUAACAGUGCACUCUGCGAACUCCCAGAGUACAUCAGAAGAGCAGUGGACUGACUUUGAUGCUAUAUCUGUGAUCUCUGCCCCUGACACAGCUCGGAAACUGAUUCAAAAUCCUGAUCAUGUGAACAUUAGUUUUCCUGCCACAAGCUGGGAUGUGGAACUGCUGCAGUUUAAACAUUCAGUCUUAAGAGACAAGAAAAAGUUAAGGAUCAGCAGCAAAGCCAAAGACAUAUUUUCGACAUUUGCUAAGUCUUCAGAAACCCUGACAAGUCUGAACAGAUUACCGCAUCAAAAUGACCACGCCAUUUCUCAGACAUUUUCUUCUCACCAGGAAAGCCCUCAGUCAAGUCCACAUCAAAAUGAGCAGCAUGUACUUAGGAAAAUGUCGGCAAGACAAGGCCAGACUUUGGACAAAAGUUUUGUUUCUAGUUCCCUCAGUGAGCCCUCUGUGAGAAUCACUGAAGAUGAAGUCAGUCAUCGUGAGGACAUCGAUUCAAGAAAUCUGCUGAAGCACUUGCACACUAGGAAGCCUCUUGAAAAAAUGCUUCAGAAGUCGACUUCCAACGAGGUUAAGCACAGUUCAGGCUCAAGUGUUCACGAUCUAAAGUUUGAAGAAGAAGAUUAUGGCAAGGAAUCUAUCAAUAUUGAACGACUUGAUAAUGAAGUUAGUUCUCAGGAGGUCACUGCUGCUGAUGACCUUGUUUUGGGAACUGAACGAGUGUACGCAGUGGAUGCACGAUUGGAGCCAUUAGAGGACGCUGUGUCCGAGGAUGAUCUGGACACAGAAUCUGUUCAUUCUGCUCCACCAGUUUUCCUUUCCAAAAAAAAGAAGUCUCGUCUUGCCAAACAAGAAUCAAACGAAAAAGGUAGUACAAAGCUGACCAAAACAACCAGAGCUGUGAAACCACUGGAUGUGGAGAAGAAAAUUGCAUACUUUAACCAGGAUCUUCUGGCCUACGUGGAAGCAUGUGUUCAAGCAGGCAUGGUAAAGUUUCAAAUGCCCAAAUAG